UGCGGGGUGGAGAAGAUGGCGAAGAGGCUGCUCAUCAUCGACACGGACUGCGGCAUAGAUGACGCCCAGGCCAUCAUGGUGGCCUUGGCCGCGUCGGACGUGUGCGUGCUGGCGCUCACAUGUGUGUUUGGGAACACGUCUGUGGACAAUGUUUGCCAGAAUGUGUUAAAAGUGCUCUCCGUGUGUGAGCGGGAGCAGAUCCCGGUGUUCCGAGGUUCCGCCGGGGCCCUUGUGGGGGCCGACGACACUCUCAGCCACCACCACUUCGGGACGGAUGGUCUCGGAGACGUCCUGGAGGACAAGGACCCGCUGUGGGAGGAGAGGAUCCAGAGAGAAGGUGCGGUGGCUGCCAUGAUCAGACUGGUGACAGAGAACCAGAACCAGGUGAGCCUGGUGGCCCUCGGACCUCUCACUAAUCUGGCCCUGGCUGUCAAAGUGGAUCCAAGUUUCCCUCACAAACUCAAAGAUCUUCACAUCAUGGGCGGCAACAUGGAAGGCAAAGGCAACCUGACGCCGUGUGCAGAGUUCAACUUUGCCAAGGACCCAGAAUCUGCGUACAUUGUUCUGGAGGAGUUCCUCUGCCCGACCCGCGUGGCAUCAUGGGAAUAUUCCUGCAAGAACGCUCUGACGUGGGAGUUCUUCGAGGAGCUGGUCAACCAGGAAAGCCCCGCCGCCCGCUUCAUGAAGACCAUCACGUCCAGGUGCUGGGCCUACUCCAGAGAGGCCCUGAGGACCAGGAGGGACGCGUACUUCGGGCCUGGCUUCGUCUCCUACGACUCCUACGCCGUGGCGGCCUACGUGGACCCCAGCGUGGUGACGGAGAGCGUGGCGUGUCCCGUGCGCGUGGAGCUGCAGGGCGCCAUGUGUCGCGGCAUGAUGGCACUGGACCUGGCGGGCCGGCUGAAGAAGCACAGCGUGACCGUGUUCACCCGGUGUGACAAGGACAAGAUGGCCCGGCUGCUCAUGGCGUCCCUCGGGCAGCCCUGAUGCAGGGGAGACAUGUUAGUGUGCCAAAGUACUUCAACUUACCUGUUAGAAUAAUUGUAUCUAAGAUAUCACAAAAACUUUGUGUUGAAAUGAGUUCCCAGCGAGAAGACCAAAAGCUGUCUUUGAAACCUACCAGAAGAAGGCUUCUGUUGUCUUUCAUGUAUUGUAAUCAACAGAAAGAUAUUGUUUUAACAAGCGGAGAGAAGGCAGGAUCUGCCCAAUUUCCAGACGACCUCUUUUUGAACCUCCUUUUUCCACUGUUUUACGAACCUCUUUUUGAACUCUUUUACGACCUUUUCUGUGAACGGUUUACAACCUUUUCUUUUGAACUGUUGUAAUCAAAGGCGAUGGCUGUUUACGACCUCGGUCCCUUAGAACAUACUUGCCAACCCUCCCGAAUUUUCCGGGAGACUCCCGAAAUUCAGCGCCUCUCCCGAAAAC